AUGGUUGCUAUGCGACGACAUUAUCAACUUAUCUGGGGAGCUCGGAGGUCGCUCGCCAUUAUCCUCACUCUGAAUGCCGUAAACGCUCUUAUCACAGGCUCCGCAUUCUAUGAAAGACCUCUAACAGCCACUGGAGUAUUCGAGCUUAGCGGUGCUGUCUUCUUCGCCCAGAUAUACUUCUGUCUAAAUGCUUCAGGGGAAAUUGUUUCUACAGUUCAUUCCCGGACAAUUCUCCAGAAGCAGCACACAGUAGGCGAGCUACAUCCGGCUGUUUUGGCAGUCGCUCUCAAUAUUGCUGAGUUGCUGGUGUUUUUUCGCGCAGACCGCUCUUUUCACCCUUCCAUAUUACUUUCUCGUCUUUGCAAAUCCAACAGCAUCAGGAUACUGGGUUUUCAGCUUUUGAUCUUCGUGUUCUAUACGAGUCAGUUAGCGUUUUUCCGAAUGCUGGGUGCAUGGUCCCCUAAUGUACCGGUCGCUCUCUUAUUGGGUGGUGCAGCCAUGCCGGUCGGGUUAAGUCAUUCAGGUUAUGGCCCAACGUGGCCAGCACCGUUGAAAUGGGAUUUCUGGAUCCGUCGAAUCAGUCCAAGUCCAUAUUCACUGGAAGCGACAAUGGGAUUUCUUAUGAAAGAUAACACCAAUAUAACACUAGCCAAUCAAGGCUGUCCUAUCUCAGGAAGUUCUCCAGGUUCUUCCACCGUCAUUUACACCGGUAUAACAGCUGUAGGUUUGACUUUGAUGACGAAGAAUCGUGAUGGAGGUGGCGCAAGUCGUGUAUUCAAGCAAGGAGCUGUCAUUCCUGACGCUAUUCGUGGUGACGAAGAAUUGCGCGAAAAAGAAAUUGAUCUAGAAUCCCAAGGAAAUCCAGCUGCUGUUCAUCCUCAGGGUAUGAGUAGAUAUGUCAGGCCUGGUCAGCUUACAGCCCUCAUGGGAGUAUUUGGUGCCGGAAAAGCAACUCUCAUCGACACUCUUACUCAACGCAAAGAUACGGGUAUCGUGACCGGCGAUAUGAUGAUUGGAGGAGCCACAGUCCGCGAGGCUGUGAUCUUCUCGGCAAUGAUGAGAAGGCCAUUGUCGGUAUCGAAAAAAGAGAAGGAAGCGCGUGUUGAAGAGGUCAUGGACCUACUAGGACUUGAAUCAAUCGCCGAUGCCUUGAUCGGCGUUCCGGGAGAGGGAGGUCUGGGAGUCGAGGAACGGAAGCAAGUCACGAUAGGUGUGGAGUUGGCCGCUAGUCCUUCAAUGUUGCUAUUUCUUGAUGAACCAACCUCCGGACUCGACAGUCAAGCUGCAUAUUCGCUCGUCAUGUGUCUGCAGCUUAUUGCAGCUUCUGGAGUACCUAUCAUCUGGGAGGACGCACUAUAUUACUCGGCGAAACCGGUAGUAAGUAACUUAAGCAUCGUUGUGGAUUACUUCGCUCGCAAUGGCACUACAAUGGAUGGCACUGCCAAUCCAGCCGAGUUUAUGUUGGAUACUGUGGCUAGUCCUUCGGGAAGUGAUGAGUGGUCCAGAACAUGGAAUGAUUCGCCCGAACGCCACAAUCUACAAACACAAAUAGAACAUCUAAACUCUUCGGUUAAUAGUAAUCUGGAUGCCUCUACUAUAGACGAAAUACUUCCAUUGAUACACCAAUAUAUCACCCUCACAUCUCGUCAUUGGCUACCUAUAUGGCGCAAUGGAGUUUACAGUUUUAGCCGUCUUGCUAAAGCUAUAUUCAUGGGUCUUUUUCUAUCAUUCAUCUUCUAUCAAGCCUCAGACACAGAACAAGGAACCCAAAAUCGUCUCAUCGCUCUCCUACUUUUGCCAUGGCUCAUUCCCGCUCCUGCAGAUGAUAUCCAAGCAAUCUGGUAUUCCAAAUGGGCACUCUACACGGCACGUGAGCGCUCCGGUGUCGGUUAUCAUUCACUCGCCCUAUUUGCCGCUCUCGUCACAGUAGAAAUCCCACUCGCUAUAGUAAUCUACACAAUAUACUUUCUCUGUAGCUGGUUCACUAUCGGCCUGGAGGAGCCUGCAUUCGGAUACCUCCUAUUUCUCGCACUUGGCAUAUACGGACUCGGCUUUUCCUUGGCAAUGGCCGCGCUGGUUCCAAACAGCGAAGUUGCUGGGUUUGCAAAUAGUCUUUUGUGGUGCGUACACACAACUUUUGGUGGAAUGGCUCUUACGUAUAGCGAUAUGCCUUCACUUUAUUCUGCGUGGCUUUUCUGGGCCGAUCCCCUACGCUACUGGCUGGGAUCGGCGAUUUCUAAUGGAGUCCACUCUGUCCCUAUCAUUUGUUCUGCCAGCGAAAUAACGAUUGUAUCUCCACCUGUAGGACAAAUAUAUGGCCGAUACCUCGCGACUUACCUCUCGGGAACCGGGAUUGAUGACGCAAGUAUGGGAUAUAUCUCCAAUCCUAAUGCGACAGAAAACUCUAGUUACCGUCUCUAUCAAGUGGGAGACGAUUACGCGGUUUCGUUCUCGUAUCUUAAUAGCGAGAAAGUGAGGGAUUUGGGGAUAUUCACCUUGUUUAGUAUAUUGGCGAUCGUCUUUUUGGCUAGUUGGGGAAGGUUUUCGAAUUUGAAAGGUCCUUCGCUGAAGGGGUUGGGGUUGGGGAAGAAGACAAUUUGA